AUGGGGAAUAAGAUUGAUUCUUUGAUAUUUAGGCCUCCUCCGGUGUCGUACAGUAUUAGCGAUCCACACCUACACUUGAUUCCUACACCUAAUGGCAACUCAAUCGCAGCCUAUUUCAUUAGACACAGGAACGCUAGGUUUACCGUGAUAUUCAGCCACGGCAACGCCGAGGACAUUGGAAACGUCUUCAGCAACGUGGUACAGAGGAUGAGCAACUGGAACUGCAACGUGUUCAUGUAUGACUAUCCAGGAUAUGGACUGAGUGACGGCGUGAGCACUGAGGAGAGCCUGUACUACUGCACCGACAUUUCGUACAAAUAUUUGACAAACUCGCUGAACGUUGAUAAAAACACUGUUAUUGCCUACGGCAGGAGCCUCGGGUGCACGUGCGCGAUAUACCUCGGCGUGAAGUACAAGCUGCUGGGAGUGGUCCUGCAGAGCCCCUUCCUCAGCAUCCUGAGGAUCAAGCUCAGCUUCUCGCUGCCCUUCGACAAGUUCAACAACCUUGAGAGGUCGAAGUACCUGCGUUGUCCCGCCCUGGUCAUCCACGGCGAGGACGACGAGCUCAUCCCCGCGCAGCACUCGGCCGAGCUCAUCAAGUCCAUUCCCAACGUGUACUACUACUUCAUCAAGGACGGCGGGCACAACAAUUUGGACCACGAGUUCACCGCGCUCAUGGACUCCUGCCUGAUCGAGUUCUUCAACUUUCUCAUGCUCAGGCACAUCUGCCGCGGCUCCCAGGGCUACUACGAUGAGGACAUCAUAAGCAUUGCCGGCUACAACAACUCCAAGAACCUGAUGCACAGGAACAACUCCCGCCGCCGUUCGCAGUACUUCAAGGGCAACGACGUGUGCGACAUUUUUGGCGAGUCUGUCAGCGGUUCUGGUGAGCUGGCCGCCGACUCCGGUAUUGAGGACAACGUCCACGAAAGUGGUCUCAGCAAGUGCUUCUUGUGUUCAUUCUGUUAA